GGGCCACUCUCCUUAUGUACCGCUCUCGUUAAAGUUUUUUGCUACUUUUGCUCCUCCCCUUCCUCUGCCCCUGCUCCCCUCGUGGCGGUCAGGGACUGGUUUACCCGCUGCUGCCCUCAAGAGAGAGACACGGAGAAUAAAAUAAUAGGCGAACAUAAAAGAUGGAGAGAGAGUCCGCCCGGGAGCCCGGCCCUCUCAGUCGUCGAAGGGCUGCGCAGGUCGCUCCGCCCCGUCAGGGUGAGGCCAGCGGUGACACCGAGAGGAGCCGGGCGGCACCAGCCAGGUGGAGAAAACCAGAGCCGGCAGCCUCCGCCGCUCCUCGCAGGUGGAGGCGGCCUCGGCGAAGCACCGCGCGGGAACCUCUGGGCCGGGGCCGCCGCCGGGGGCUGGGCCUGGCGUUCCCAUGGGCAAGGCGCUCCCCGCGGGCCGGGAUCGCCGCCAGCCUCGGGCAGCGCGGGCGGCCGAGUGGCGGCUGCGGCGCCGUGCGGGGCGCGGCGGAGCGGGACGCGGCGCGGCGGGCGGGAGGCGCGCUGGCGAUGAGCUGGCCGGUGCCGCCGCCCGCGGGGUCCUGCAGCGCCUCAGGGAGCUGCUGGACGGAGCGACCGACUCCAACGCCGCCAACUCCUACGGCAGGACCCCCAUCCAGGGACUCAUUCCCUUUGCUGAACGAACUGCUGGGUGCGCUAGGGGAAGCGCAGCUAAGAAAACGGCGAGGCCGAACAUGUUGGUACUGCCCUGGACACGCGGGUGAUGAUGCUGGGCAGCCCGCGGGUGGCCGAGCUGCUGCUGCGGCACGGAGCCGACCCCAACCGCCCCGACCCGCGCACCGGCUGCCUCCCGGCGCACGACGCGGCCCGCUCCGGCUUUCUGGAGACGCUGGCGGCGCUGCACCGGGCCGGGGCGCGCCUCGACCUCCCCGACGGCCGCGGCCGCCUGCCCCUCGACGUGGCGGCGGGGGGCCCGCACGGAGCGGUGAGGCGGUACCUGCGCGCUGAUCCGCCCUGUGCCUAACCUCACCCCGGGACACCCCCUCCCCAGACUUAUUGCCUGCUCCCGACUCGGAAGACACCAAGUGGAACAGUACUCAUACGAUGUUGUGAAUAACACCGGAUGGCGUUUCCCUGCUGGAUGCACGAAGGACAGUAUUCUUUGCUCAUGACCGAAUAUUAUCCUAUAGCCCUCUGCAGGCGCCCUUCUUCAAAAAAAGAGUCGAAACACUGAAGAGAAUAUGAAAUAUGAAGUAGGAAUUAUGAAAUAUGAAGAAAAUACUAAAUGUGAAAAUAUUAAAUAGCAAAUAUUGGAUAUUAAAUAUAAAGAAAAAUCCCCGCAAAGAUGUGGUACUAUAAACCCUGUUUUGAUGGGGCUGCGUCUGGACCUUCUGCUCCCUGGUGACUCCUCAUCACACUUGCUAGCCCUCCAUCUGAAGAAGAUGGGAGAGGCUUCAGCGUCUCACUCUCCCGACGUCUCCCUGUUUGAUUUUGCUUAAAGUGAUCUAAAGGGGUGCUGAAGCCAAUCUGCCUUUCUCUGGCAAAACCGGCUGGACAGAUUAGUGCGGGAUCAGUGCUUCCUGGUGUGAUUGCAGCUUUCGUAAAUACCUUAUUAAAACCACGUAGCAUGCUGUGCAUGUCUGUACAGGUAUUCCCAUUACAUCCAUAGCUUUCCUUGUGUAGGCUGCAACUAUAAGACCUGAAAGGAUAAAACAAAGACAAAUUUAUAUCUCUGCAAGCCUGAUAUGAUCCUCAGUUGAAGUACUCGUUGUUUUAACAAUUUGCAAGUGACCUUUUCUGAGUUAUAGUACUUCUAAAAAAUCAUAUGAUCAUGAAACCAAGGCAACCAUAAACGAAAAAUUACAAAUUAUACAUCUGAGCUCCAGUGCUUCCCAAGAUGCUUGGAAGUGACACAUUUGGUGAAGAAACAAGAAAACCUUUGAAACAGCUCUGCUGCUGGUGGGGGAACGAGGAAGGGGGUAUCUAUUCAUUAUAUGACAGCCGAUAUAUGUUUCACUGGCUGCUUCGGCGCAGAGGAGUUGGAUGUGAGCAACCCCAGGAAAAAGAUACAGUGGCAGCAGGCUCUUCCAAGGUGAAAGGAGGUGGCGGGGAGACCCGGCCUCACUGCAGCAAGUCCCCAAGCCCCCAGAGAGGUGUGCUUGAGGGAGUGCACAGACAGCAGCGAGCCGGGCGCUGCGGCAGGGACGGUGCUCCCAGCCGGUGCGAGAAAAGUGGAAGACCCUGCCCCGCUUGCUGGAACCCAGCUGGGGUUGUGCUCACACGUCCUGCACCUUAGAAGCUGAGAAAGGGAAGCUAGGCAAAGCAGUGACAAGAGUUCAGGUCUCGUACCCCAGCACUAAUCCUGGGCACUUUUCAGAGCUACCUGUAGAAAAGGUGAAAAAUAUUUAUCUUGGUUUUGCAUUUCUACUGAGUAGCCAAUCCCUAGGUAUCUCAUAUAAAAACAUGAAAAAUCAUGUAUAUGCCUUUUUUGUAAUGUGUUGGAAUUUGUUAUUUAUUAUAAUGUAAUUUCAUACAAUGCCCGUUUUAUAAUUAUUUCACGUCUGUUGUCAUGCUAUAAAAUAUUUAGUUAUGUUAUUAAUGUAUAUAAUGCAUCUAUGUAAUAUCUAUAUAAAAUAUAUAUUAUACACAUAUAGAAAAUACAUAUAUAAAAUGUUAUGAUCAUGCAUCAAUGUUAUAUAUUCGAUUAAUAAUUAUUUUUAUAUGUAAUAUGCUUAGUUGCUUAAUUAUCUUCUUGGUUUAAUUGUAACGAAAUUAUAUGAAUAUAAAACACA